GGGCGUGGCAGCCCCGCCCCCACAGACUUGUGCCAUGCCUGUGGAGGAGUUGGACAUUGGAGAGCAAAUUGCCCAAAGAUCACGGAUUCAGCCGGAAAAUGAAGACAAUUCAGAUAUUUUCUCGAAUGGUAUUUGGAAGGAGCGUUCCUUAAUAAAAGACGGUAGUCUACGUAGUCUGGCUUCUGACCUACACGACUUCGUGCUAAAAUCAAGGGCAGAUUCUACCAGUAAAGUUUACCAAAGGCGAUUUAAAAAGUGGGUUGAAUGGUGCAGCCUUUACCCAGAGAUCACCCCUAUUCCAGCCAAGGAAUUCCAUGUUGCGUUGUAUUUAAAACAGAUCGCAGAGUCUUCAAAAAGUUCUACUGCGAUUGAUCAAGUAUUUUAUGCUAUCGGUUGGGCCCACGAUUUGGCAGGAUUGCAUAACCCUUGUAAAUCGGCGUUCGUCAAUCACAUGAGAGAAGCUGCCCGCAGGCAAUUAAAGACAUCCGUUAUUAAAAAAGAACCGCUUACUCCAGAACAUUUGAAAAGCUUAGUCUCGAAUUUUGCGGGUCAUAGAGCUAAUUUGAGUGAUUUACGGCUUGUAACACUGUGCCUGUUAGGAUAUUCUGCAUUUUUACGUUUUUCGGAAAUUUGUAAUAUUAGAAGAUCAGACUUAAUGUUUUUCGAGUCGCACAUGAAUAUAAACAUACCAAAGAGUAAAACGGACAUUUACAGAGAGGGUAACACAGUUUCAAUAGCUAAGCUAGAUUCCCAAUGUUGUCCUGUUUCUAUGACACUUAGGUAUUUGCAGCUUGCUGAAAUUCCUCACGAUUCUUCCGAAUUUAUAUUCAGAUCUUUGUCAUUUUGUCCAAAAUCGAACUCCUAUAAAUUAAGAGGUACUUCACCGUUAUCAUACACUAGGGCCAGGGAGGUGUUACUUGAAAAACUGUCAAGCAUAGGACUUGAUCGACCCUUCAAAAUUUUGUCUACAUAGUUUGAGGUCUGGCGGUGCGUCGGCUUCGGCUAAUUGUGGGGUAUCUGACAGAUUAUUCAAAGCGCAUGGUCGAUGGAGGUCAGAAACUGCCAAAGAUGGCUAUGUGAAAGACAAGCUUGAGUCAAAAUUAUUUGUAUCAAAGAAUUUGGGUUUGUAACUUGAUGUUAGUUCUUACAAAGUUUUAUGUACAUUUUAAGGGAUUACAUGGUAAUAAACAUGUUAACAGUGUAUCCCGUUCUUUGUUGUCUGUACGUCCUCAUAUAGCUAGGCGGACUAACUCCCAGUAAUGAGUUUGAGUUUAUAUGAUAAAUAAUUUAUGUUCGUUUGAGAGAAACGAAUUAGAAUAUAAAUAGAUUUAUCAUAGUUAUGUAAAUGAGAGUAUGGGUAAGUCCGGGUCAGAGUUCAGCACGUGCCGCAUUAUUGGCACGUGCGAUAGGUAGACUUAGGACAGUGAUGACACGUACAGGUGUCUGUGUUUGCCUAGCCAUUGUACUAUACGGACUUCCC